UUAUUCAUAGCCCCGUUUGAAGGCUUGUAGUUGGUCGGCCGUCAUAGCGUCUGUGCUUCAGCUCUUCUCUACUCGUUCCUCUUUCAGCUAUACAGAAUACUCUACAACGAUGGGUCGCCCUAAAGGAGCUCUCGGAAAGAACAGCAAGAGGAAGGCAAAGGAUCUCAACAAGCCCAAGCGGGCAACCUCUGCCUAUUUCUACUUCCUGGCCCAUUGCCGUAAGGAGGCAGCGAAGGCUGGCAAGCCCCCAACGAAGAUUGCCCAGUUCACCAAGGAGUGCUCUGAGAAAUGGAAGGCUCUUACCCCCGAGAACAAGAAGCCUUUUGAUGCUUCUGCCGCUGAGGACAAGAAGAGAUACGAUGAGCAGAUGGCUGCGUACAAGGGCAAGACCAUCGACCCCAACAAGCCCAAGCGUCCUCCAACUGCCUACUUCUUGUUCUUGGCUGACUUCCGUAUCAGAAUGGCCAACAAGGGAAUUGAGCAUAAAGAACUGCUCAAGAUGGCUGGUGAGGAGUGGAGAGGUCUGAGCAACGAGGACAAGAAACCAUACGAGAAGAGAGCUCUUGAAGAAUCCAAGAAGUACGAGAUCGCAAUGACCGAGUACAGACGGACCGGAGGGGGACCUGGCGGUGCACCUGCUGCAAAGAAACCCAGGCCAGAACCCGAAGAGGAGGAGGAGGAUGAAGAGGAAGAUGACGAUGAGGAAGAGGAUGAUGAUGAGGACGAUGAUGAUGACGAGUGAACUGUUUCCCUCACCCCAUGACCAUUUCAACUUGUACAUAUAUUUUUAAGAUAUAAAAUUUAAAAAACAUUCACAACCAUUUCUACUUACAUACAGGUCUGAAAUCAAAAUUUAAAUUGUAGUAUUCCCUGCCCCUGCUUUGCUCUCCCCCCGGAUUGUUUUUUUCCAGGAUCUCUCCUUUUCUGCUUCUCCUGCUAUGUCAGUGGGGGGGGGAAGUAAAUGGAGACGAGACAAAUCCAGCAAUGGCACUGUUUUCUAAAAGAUCUGAGCAUUUCUUGAUUCUUAAGUGGCAUAUUUUUAUUUAGGUCUUCUCUAACUUUAACUCAGUCCUGCUGUGUAAACCUACAAUUCAGUAAUGUGUUCAUUUUUUAUUCUAUUCCUCCACCGCCCAUCUGUUUUGUUGCUUGCUCUUUUUUUUUCUUUUUUUUAUGUACACUUCGAUACAAAACAGUCUACCAGUCCAGCACCAAACUUUUUUUUUUAUUACACAUGUGUGAUCUAUUUGAUGGGAGAGAAGCAGGAAUUGCUUGUUACUUCCAUUCUGAGAAAUCGGAGACUUCAGUCUUGUGUCCAAACUGCAUAAGAUGGUUUUAUUGGACUAACACAUCUUAACUAGGGGAAAAUAACUGUAACAAACGUCUGCAAGUCCUUUGAAAUUGGGGGCUUGGGUUAUACGUUUUUAUAUUUUUCUCUGGCCGUUUUAAAAUGAGACUAGGAUAUUGUGUAGGCAGAUAGCAAUUUUGUUUGCUUGCAAUUUUACCUUUACCUCUCAGGGAUGCCUAGCUUUUUGACAUGAGAUGACAGAAGAAGUUUGAAUUUCUUUGUUUAGCAUGCAGUUUCAUCGAGACAGUUCUGUGUGACCAUCCUUCAUGUCCAGUGGUUGCAUUCGCAUGUGGUGUCUUCUUGUUCUGGACUUGACUGUUUCAAGGUUUAUGACGAGUCUUGUAUGAACUGAAAGUGGUCCCCCUGUGCAAUGUACAUAUCAAUAGCAUUGACCAUCAUUGCAACAGAAAGUGACGCGUUUUUAAUUAAAAUGGCACCGGGUUCCGAAUGUACAUGCAUGUACGUACCUUUUUAAAUGUAACUUGGCACUUUAAGUAAGUUGAGGGUUUGUGUAAAAGUUUAUAAUUGAUCUCCUUAGGCAAUGUUGUAAGUUCUAGCUAUAUAUAUUCUCAUUGCUAUCAAUCAUGCAUUCUAGCAGGAAGAGGGCAGCUGAACAAUAAUUGCGUUUGGAUUUUUAUCUCUAGUUCCUUGUGCUGCAUGCACGGAUUUUGUGUGUGCUGCGAGUUCACUUUGAAAAAAAAAAUAUUAGGUUGGUUUGGUUUUUUUCCGUCAGGACUGAGCAUGUACAUGUAAUGGUUUGUUCGUAUUGUGACGUGUCUCAGUGUAAGUGUUGUAGGUUCCUUCAAUUGAAUUGUGUCAGUUUUCCUGGGGUGGGAGGGAUUCAGACAGGUCAUUCACAGCAUCAUCAUUUGUCGUCAUUUUCAUUGCUGCACGUGUUUAUAUCAUCACUUUUGUCCCUGCCUCAUUUUUUCAUAUCAUAGUCAUCUCACUUUUUUUGUUCUUUUUUUUUUUCUUGUUUUUUUUAGAAUAGUAUGGUGAACAUUCACAUACGACCAUAGUUUUCAUGAUCGCUCUUGGGGAUUUUGAUCAUAGUUUUAAAUGUUUAUAAUGUUAAGUUUCAUGUCCAAAAAAAAACAUGUGUUGUAAUGAAUAAAAUUGAAUGUACCAAGAAA